AUGUCUCAACCGGCACACAAGGAGGGUGGUAGACCAGGAAAAAAAGAGCAAGAAAAAGCUAAUGUGGAGGACGAAUCAAAGUAAGUAACCGUAAAUUCAUUAACAUUUUUUUCAAUAUUUUUAUAUAAAUAUAUAUAUUUAACAGAUUGUGUGAAAAACCCGAACAUUGGACGGGUAGUGUAGACGACCAGAAAGAAUUAUUUCUGCACAUUCUGGCCCAUAUAACUGGUGAACAACUGCUUGAUGAAAACCGCAGAAGCAUGGAUCCCGACAAAUUUCAGAAAGAGCAUCGUAGAUUAAUCCGCGAAAACUGGGAGAAAGCUGUUGGAUGCUUUCAUCGGAUUCUCAACCACGAUUGGAAAGUCAAACCACUACCCGCUGAAGCCGGCUUAGACGAUGGGUCAAUUGUAGACGACCACGACAUACAUUCGACACUUUACAAGAUCAAAAUGCUAAGUCUUCACCCUACCAUGAAACAACCGUAUGGCGACGUUUAUGAUUUCAUCAACAAUUCCGUUUGUUUCUACGUUAGAUUUGUAGACAAAAAUGAUGAUAUUAAUGAUGAUGAUGGCGCUCUGAAACUGACGUCUGAAGAAAAAAUGAUGACACUGACUGAGUGAUAACACUUUUUAAAACAAUAUUAUAAAUUUUUUUAUAAAACUGAUUUUUUAAAGAUUGAUAUUUAGAACAAUAUUAUAAAUUUUUUUGUAAAACUGAUUGAAAAAUAAAUACCUUUUUCUUUUAAAAAUAUCGUAUAGCAACAAUAAUAAAAAAUGUAAUGAACAAGGGUAAAAGAACAACCAAUAGGAACAACCAUAGCAGCGUCGAAAACCACUCUUCAUCACGCAAACACAUUGCGAUGUAUGUGUAAAAUAUUUUAAAAAAUAUAAAUAUAUGUCUGACACAGGACACCGCUAAUGGCACUAACUUAGGUGGGAAUCGAACCCACUUUGACUUGGGACUGUACACCCUUUCCCCGUUACAGGAAUGGGAUCCCCAACGCGUUACCAUACCGCCACACCGCCUACCAUUUAAGCGGUGCCCUGUUGGCAGACAAUAUAUGCUACUAGCGUUUUGCUUUUAACCACCUUUUACUUCACGCACACGAUUAUUACGGUUUUUUUCUUUUUUAGGGAAAAGGUAAAAAAAUCUACAUAUGGUAGGAAAUACGAAGAAAUCAAGAAACUAUUUGAAGGGGAAGCGUGUGCUUUGGGUUACAAUGAUGAUUGUGAAUGGUUUUACGAUGAAGAUGAAGAAUUCGCAUUUGAUCCAAACGGCUCGAAUAAAUACUUCGAAGAUGCGUACAUUGCGGGAAAAGAAGAACAACAUGAAAUGAAAUGGGGUUAUAACCAGACGGCAAGACGGCAAUUGAUUGACGCCGAACAAAGACUUGAAGACGCCAAACGCGAACUGCGUGAUGCAUGGAAUAACAGUAAUGCUUCUUUAUUUUUAGAUUAUAUUGAUGAAAAUAUUCUAUAA